AUGCCAGGAGACGAAGAGUCGCCGUACGCCGCCCGCCCCGCCCCCGAGUCCUUUGACGACUUCAUGGCGCAGAUCUCCGCGAUCCAAGAAGCUCACGGCGGAAUCAUGGUCGACGAGGAUCUGUACGAGGAUAUUUUUGGCGAGGCGCCAUUCGGAGCCCGACCCGAGUUCAUCAAGAACCUUCCUCGCCCAACCACUGCUGAGAUCAAGAAGCAGGACACCACCGAUUGCCCCGUGUGCUUGCAAUCCCUGGGUGCCAUCGAGACAGAGGAGGAGUACGCCCUGGCAGACGAGGCAUUCUUCGGUGACCUCGAGGCCCUGGGGUUGCGGAAACUGCCGUGUGACGGCGGUCACGUCGUGUGCGCCAGGUGCUGCAAGAGCUGGCUGCGUCUCAAUAACUCGUGCCCCCUUUGUCGUGCCACGGUGGAUCCGCAAGCGCCCGUGAGCCACCCCAUGAUCGACCAGCAAAGGCAUACAGAGCAGAUGCUGUCGCUCUUCCACGCUGUGUUCGGGCAGCGAGGAUCUGGCGGACCCGGCAGUGCUCAGGGUGCUCCUGGUGCUGGAGGGCUGCCGGGCGGCUUCCCCGGUCUCGGGGAUGUGCUCGGCGGCAUGGGCUUCGGCGGUGGCGGCGGCCGAUCAGGCGAGCGUCGUGAGCGGGAGGAGGACCGCAGUGCCUUCUCCGGCAUGUAUUCGUAA